AUGAGCGAAAAGAAGAGCGGAUCGUUGACAGCUUUCUGUAAUGCGGCGCGGAGACGUGCUUCUUCCUUCAGAAGCAAUGGCCCUUCCGCCAGCGAUCCCCCUCCCGUCGAGAAUUCAGCGCCGCCCCCUGCCUACACGCGAACGCCGCCCGUCGAGGUGCCGAUGACGUCCGUCAGCAUGCCAGCUAUUCCCGCUAUGCCCGCCAUCAUGCCGGUGGCGUCUCCCGCUUACACGCCUGUCUCUGGCGACGACGACGAGCACGCCUUCCUCGCCAAGUUCGACACCGUCUUUCUCAUCGACGACUCAGGCUCAAUGGCCCACCCAAGCCGCCCCGGGGCACAGGCCAGCCGUUGGGAUGAAGUCAAAAGCUUGCUGUGUGCCGUAGCGCCCAUCUGCACCAAGUACGACAAGGACGGCAUAGACAUUUACUUUCUCAACCACAGGAGCCCCUCACGGUCUUUUGGCACCCAUCAGGGCGGAUACUCCAAUGUGUGCAGCGCCAAACAAGUAAUGAGCAUCUUUCAAGGUAUCGGUUACCCAAGUGGCUGGACGCCGACGGGCGAGCGCCUCGAUGAUAUCCUGUCUCCGUACAUGGAAAAGGUGCGGGCUGCGGCAACCAGCAGCCAAGGUUUUAGCAAAGUCAAACCGCUCAACGUCAUCGUCAUCACCGACGGCCGGCCCUCGGACGACCCGACCGGCGUGCUGAUGAACGUCGCAAGGGAGCUGACGCGGCUGCACGCGCCGGCGUCGCAGCUCGGCGUCCAGUUCUUCCAGGUCGGCACGGAUGCGAAGGCGCGCGAAGCGCUGGCCCAAUUAGAUGAUGGCCUGGUGGAGGAGGCCGGAAGAGACAUUGUCGACGCCGUGACAUGGGACAACGGCGUGGGCACCCUGACGGCAGACGGUGUCUUGAAGGUCGUGCUAGGUGCUGUCAAUAAGAGGCUGGACCGGAAGCCCAUGGCGGGGAACCAGGCUAGAAGAUGA